CAGACUGAAGCGCCCGACUACGUUACACUCGUCAGCAAUGAUGGCUUCGAGUUUGUAGUCCAAAGAAAGUCGGCCUACGGCUUUGCAGAGUCUAAGACUCACAAGUGCACAUUUGAGAACAUCAACGGCAUGGUUUUGGAAAAGGUCUGCGAGUAUUUCUACUAUAACGAGAAGAACCGCGACUCCACCGGUGUCGCUGACCUCGACAUCCCGCCUGAGCUCUGUCUUGAAUUGCUCAUGGCGGCCGACUACCUGAAUGGUGUGUACUCC